CGACCACUCCCACCUGCUUUUCGCACCAGUUGUCCUCUUUCUGCGGAUGAAACGGUCACACCAGUCUUUGAAGGGUGUGUCCAGGUGGGAGCCAUGGCCAAGCAGGCUCGUCUAGUUUAGCAUUUCUUGAAUGGGAAGUUACCAACCUGUUGCUCCGUUAGUUGGCAGAGUGUGGAGUGAAGCUCGCUAACGGAAAGCACAGCGAUGGCAGCCACCACUGCCCAGAUAGUGCGUAGCCUGCCCAGUGGUUUGGGUAUAUGCAUAACGGCGCCGGAUAUCUUCUAUCUACCGGAACUGAUCUUUGGGGGGCUGGUGUGGAUCCUGGUGGCAUCUACACAUGUGAACCCAAACAACCCCCAAGGCUGGGUGAUGUUUGUGUCGGUGUUCUGUUUUGUCAUGACCUUCCUCUGGCUCAUCGUCUUCGCAGCUGGGGGCCACAAGAACAGUGGAGGGUGGGCCGCAGCGGACUUUGCAUACCACGGUCUGGCAGCCUUCUUCUACCUCAGUGCGUCUGUGAUUCUGGCCGAGCUCACGAUCAGACUAAAGACUGAAGGUGUCUUCAAGGACUACCAGAUUGACAUUGCUGCUGUGGUGUUUUCGUUCGUGACCACGCUUUUUUACUUCAUCCAUUUCAUUUUGUCAUCCAUUCGAUGGAAGUCGUUUUAAAGGUCAUGGAUCGGACAGUGGGUGUUUUGUGUGUGUGUGUGAGGGACUGAAAGAGAGACGUUAUCAGACCUGUCAUUCUCCGUAGAUUGUAAACCAACAACUGGAAACCUUGCAAAGGGUUGAGAAAGAAAGGGUUUUGUUCAUUCUCACUGAUAUAUAAUCUAAUCAAAUCGCUUCUCAUUUUUUUAAAUAUUUUUUAAUGGGGAAAUCUGCUCGAGAUUGUUGUUGACACACUGUUAAACGGCCCUGACACUCCCAAGCAUUUUAUAUGAUCUCUACCUUCUCAGUAAAACAUUUUUAUACCGUACAUAACUAUCGCUAAUUACUUUUGAUAUCCACCAGAUAUGUGAGUUAUAUUUUGUUAGGUCUGAGGUUGUCUCCACUGUAGAUUUUUAUAGAAAGACUUUUCUUUUGAAAUUGUAAUAAAAUCCGCAAAUCAACAUGC